CCUAAAUAACUUCCUUUUUUGUCUCUGACCCAAAAAAAAAAAAAUUUUUCCUUUUUUGUCCGUGUCCUAAAUUAAAAUUGAAAGGAGUGAAAAACAGAAGUGUUUUUUUUCUUUUUUGGUUUGCUUGCUGAAUUUAAGAAGAAAGAGGAUGGCGAAGAAGAAGAUUGAUCCAAAAGGUGGAAAUACGGAAGCAUUGUUUUCUAUGUCUCCAUUGAAAGCUCUUACUCUUCAUCUGAUUUGUGGAUUAGGGUUACUUUCUGCUUUCUGGGUACCUAAUCACAUCUACUCCCUCCAUCUCAUCACCCAUCCAUCCCAAACUCUUCGUCUGAUUUCGGUGUUUCUGGCUCCAGUACUGAUUCUUCUCUACAGUCAUCUUCGGUUUGAUAGGAACAAAUGCUCUUAUGUUAAAGCUGUAGGACGAGGUUUGCUGGCACUUCCUGCUGGGGCCGUGGUAAAUGCACUCGGAGCUACUAUAUUAGGAGCACCUGUUGGUUUUGAGUAUUUCCCCAAGACCCUUCAUUGGUCUCUUCUGAUGUCCCUACUCACUUUUGUACCAGCAGCUUGUGUUUUUGGCUCAUCAUGGAGUGAUUGGCACCGAAUAUUUGCUAGAACAAAGGCAAAUGAGUCCACAGACUAUAUGAUCUCUCUACCAGCUCAUGGAGCUGUUAUUGGAGCGUGGUUUGGUGCUUGGCCAAUGCCACUUGAUUGGGAAAGCCCAUGGCAGUGGCGGUAAACGUUCAAGAAAAGUGGGAUUCAGAGAAUACCCUGUGAAGACUUAUGAUGAAGAAUCUCCAAUGGAACAAGUUCGUUUAACAGUAUCAAACGAAGACGAUCCUUCUCUACCAGUAUGGACAUUCAGAAUGUGGUUCUUAGGAAUCUUGUCAUGUGCAGUUCUAUCGUUUCUCUACACUUUUUUCAGUUAUAGAGCUGAGCCAUUGGUGAUCACAAUGAUUACUGUUCAAGUUGCAACGUUGCCGAUUGGCCGUUUAAUGGCUAGGGUGUUACCAAUGAGGAUGUUUAAGAUUAUGUCAUGGGAGUUUACGUUGAAUCCAGGGCCGUUUAAUAUGAAAGAACAUGUAUUGAUUUCUAUUUUUGCCAAUGCUGGUUCUGCAUUUUUUAAUGGACCUGCUUAUGCUGUUGGAAUUGUUGAUAUUAUCAAAGGGUUGUAUUUUAGGAAUAUCUCAUUCUUGGCUGGUUGGAUUCUUGUUGUUGCCACUCAGGUUCUGGGAUAUGGCUGGGCCGGGAUUAUGAGGAAGUUAGUGGUAGACCCUGCAGAAAUGUGGUGGCCAAGUAGUCUGGUUCAAGUUUCUCUUUUCAGGGCUCUCCAUGAGAAAGAAGGGGAAGGCAAAACCUCAAGAGGGAAAUUUUUCUUAAUUGUAUUAGAUUGCAGCUUCAUAUGGUACAUGGUCCCUGGUUAUCUCUUCCCAACAUUGUCAAACUUAUCGUUGAUCUGUUUGGUCUAUCGCAAAUCAGUGUUUGCCCAGCAACUUGGUUCAGGCAUGAAGGGUCUUGGAAUUUUAUCCUUCACUUUUGAUUGGGCAGUUCUAGCAUCAUACCUUGGUAGCCCUCUGGUUUACCCCUUUUUUGUCCUUGUCAAUGUCAUAAUUGGGUAUAUUGGAGUAGUAUAUAUACUAAUUCCAGUUUCCUAUUGGGGGUUGAACCUCUACAAUGUCAAGAAUUUCCCUCUAUUCUCCUCGGAGUUGUUUGAUGCUCGGGGGCAGAUAUACAAUGUUACAGUAUUAUUACAUUAAGACCCUAUUUAUAGACACUACAUUCCAAUCCUUUUCCUAAUAGAACACUACAUUGCAAUUCCUUUCCAAGUAGGAUUAUAUAUGCUAUUCCUACUCUACUCAUAUUCUAACACUCCCCCUGAAGCUGGUGCAUAGAAAACAUAUAUACCAAGCUUGUUAUGGAUGUAACUAAUACGAGGAUCGAUGAGGGACUUGGUGAAGAUAUCUGCAAGAAAACUGAUAAGUACUGCUUUGGACGUCUGGGAGACUUCAACUGAAACGGAACAAACUGAAAAAGUGAUUCGAAAAGUAGUAAACAUCGCCGGAAAGUCAAUGUGUCACUUGAAAAUUACCGAAAACUGGUAUAAAAUAUAAGGGUCAUCUUGAAAUCAAGAGAUGAGUAGAUCUUGAACAAGAUAGUCACUGAAGAACUGGCCGGAACAUACUCACGCGCUGGAUUAUUUGAUUUGAUGGAUGAAAAGUGGUCAUCAUUUGAGAAAAAAUUAUAUGGUAGGGUCGGAACGAUGACACGAUCCUACUGAGGAAUAGAAAUUAUAUGGGUAGAGUCUGAAUGAUGACACGACCUUACUGAAAAAUAGAAAUUAUAUGGGUAGGGUCGGAAUGACGACACGACCCUACUAAAAAAGAGAAAUUAUAUAUGUAGGGUCGGAAUGACAGCACGAUCCUACUAAAAAGGAGAACUUAUAUGGGUAGGGUCGGAAUGAUGAUACGACCCUACGCAAAUCAGAUCUGAGGAGUCACCAUAAAGACGCAUGUAACUACGCAAAUCAGAUCUAAGGAGUCACCGAAAAGAGGCAUGGUGCUAUGCAACUCAAAUAUGAGAAAGUAGUCCGAAAAGAUGCAUGGUACUACGCAAAUUUGAUAUGAGAAAGUAGGGAAAAGAAGUGUGGUGGCCUAACUUUUGUUAACAUGAUUAUUGGCCGGACGGGAGGCAUGUAUUGGUUACCGCCAGCAUUGGAAGCUCUUUGAUUCUCUACCAAGAUCGUAGAGUCUCUGAUACCAUGUGAGAAGUAUGAGAAGAAUAUUAUUGAUUGUUAUAACUACAUUAUUACAUUGAGACCCUAUUUAUAGACACUACAUUCUAAUCCUUUUCCUAAUAGGACACUACAUUGCAAUUCCUUUCCAAGUAGGAUUCUAUAUACUAUUCCUACUCCUACUCAUAUUCUAAUAAGUACUAGUUCAUUUACGAUAAUGAAGUAUUGUAUCCUGCUAUACUAGAAUGAAUGCAAAAGAUAAAGUGA